AUGCAACAUAUUGUAUUUGUUAAUAUUAUUUUCGAUUGUCUGAUCGCUAGCAAUUCAUUUUCUGCGCGCUCAAGUGAAAAUGUCAUACCGAAAUUAACUAACAACCUAUCUGUUUCAAAGAAUAAACGGACAAGAUCAUUGCUGAAAUACUGGAAUAGUUUUGAUCCUGAGCAAAUCCAUUACGGUGUACAUCGCUCCCAUUCACAUAGACAACAGCAACGUAUUUUCAGUCCUAUGGCUAGUUUAUGGAAAGCUAUGCAAAAUCAGAGUCAAAUAAUGGUUAUGACUCGUGGUUUAAAAGAGCCUCGUGCUUCAAUUAUUGGCAAUUUAAUUGCUUUCGAUCGUUAUUGGAAUUUAAUUCUAAAGAAUGUGACUGAAUAUUCUGUUCAUCUUCCGAAAUCAGCUUUGAAAGGUAAUGGAAAGCCGGGACGAAGUAAAAAGCGACGGGAACAACGUUUACGAAAGUUUCAACGAAAUAAUAACGCUUUAUUUCAGUUGAAAAAAUGUUCAAAUUUAUGCCAUUCUCCAUCUAAUCAAACUAAUGUUCAGCUGAAAGAUAACCAACCAUUAGAAAUCGGACAAUUAUUUCCUGAUCAGUAUGGCGAUCAUGAUCAAGAUGGGAUUGUGGAAAAAGAAGCACGUGAUGAUGAAAUUAGUAGAUUGAGACCUUUUCGUCUACUUGGUAAAUCCCCCUUAUCUGAUACAAAUGAUCAUGAUGAUCAGUCUGUCAAAAAAUGUGAUCAGAUUGAUAAAAGUGUUUUAGUGAAUAUUCAUAAUCAUUUAGACGAGAAUAAUAAUAAUUGUUUUUAUCAUAAAUCGUCAAAUUGGACAUCAUCUAUGGUUAAUUUGAAUGAACGAAAUAUGUCUGAAUUGUCUGAUAUCUCACUUUGGUAUAGUUUACAAACUCGUCGAAAACAUCCUUUCACUGAAAAACAAGAUAAUCAACAAACUGAAAAAAUUCACAUUGAUGAUGAUGAUGACAACGAACAACAAUUAUUUAUUCGUGGUGCUAAUAUCAUUUUAGUACGAAUUAUUUCUGAGAAUUAAUUACAAAAUUGAACGAAAGAAUUGAAAGAAUUCUCCGUCGUGUUUUUUGUUUGCUUUUCCAUUCAAUCUCAUCCAAUUUUAAUUUUGAGUAAAUGAAU